AUGAGUGCGCUUAAAAUUGUCCAUGCAAGUUCACUACUAUUCUUUCCUCCAAAAAGUACCUCAGUUUCGCCACAAGGCUUCUAUCGGCUUAUGCCAAAGUCAAUAACAUAUAUACGGGUAUGCGAUCUUCUUCAAGACGAUACAUGUUGCUUUGCUAACAACAACAAUAAAGCUUAUUUUUAACCCUAUGCAGACUAAAGUUGUAUUUGAGCCACUACAGCAGAGUAGCGAUGGAGAAAAUACUGAGUCCGAAAACACCGUUCAGUCCACAUGGAUUACGGAGAUUAUUGAGCACAAGUCUGAAAGCUUCCCGUCUUUAGGGUCCGUCCGAUUCCAUAGCCCCACGCCUGUAAGUCAAUAUUCAGAAAACCCACCCCAUUUGCAGGCACUCAUUCCAAAGUUUCAGACUGAAGGAAUAAAAUUGAAAAUAGACCUCUGGAACGAGGAAGAGGCAGCAGCAAUAGCACCUGAGGCAGCGUCAAGAGUUUUAGAGCCAUGGUUCAACGGCAGGAUACCCGAAACAGAUUAG